AAUGCUUAUACUUUGAAACCCUCGCUAUAGAAAAAUCCAGAAGAAACUCCUCUAUCAGGAAAACGAAGGCAGAGAACGGCGAUGGCGUUGAACAACGGCUUACGGUCGUGUGCUUCCAAGCUCAUCAGCUCAUCUGAAUCAAUUUUCUCCAAAAUUGUGAAGAGAGAGAUCCACUCAACAGGCGUUAAGAGAAUGGGAGGAGGUCAUGGGCAUGAUGAACCUUUCUACCUUCACGCAAAGCACAUGUACAACUUGGACAGGAUGUCACACCAGAAGCUGAAGAUGACUGUUGGUGUCUGGUCUGCAGUCGCCAUUGGCGUUAUUGUCCCAGUUUAUGCUGUCGUCUUCCAGCAAAAGAAAACUGCUUCGGGCUAGAUCAUCAUGAUAUCGUGUCUCAUCCACAAUAAUGCUGUCCUUGGAGUUUUCAGUGUCGAAGACAAGCACUUUUGUACCUAUUGAAUUAGAGCAUUAAAUAGCUUUUAAUUUUAACUUAGGUUUACAAUGGUUGUUGCUUUUUCUUGUUUCAAUUUGGCGAUAAUGUUGCUAUGCCUGGUUCUAUAAUAAUAUUUUCUGAAUUUACUCAAACACCAUAAUGGUUGAAAAUGUUCUGUUUCACUGGCA